AGCGGAUAACCUAAUUCAUAAACAGAUAUAGAUCUAAUAUAGAACUAAAAAAGACAUAGAAUCUGUCGCCCAACAAAAAGCCCAAUAACAUCGCCUAACGUUGAUCAAUGCCCACUCAUUCAUAUCAUCAAUUUCCACCAACUUUCCUCAACCAAUCGCCGCCAGCUGACAAAUUAAUCAACACCCAAUCCCAUGUUGGCCAUUCAAUGACCAUCAUCAAACACCCAACAUCGACCACCCUUAGAUUCCUUUCCUCCAUCAACAGCCGUAGAUUUCAAUACCCACGGCGGCGAUUUCUUCUCGUCAACGGUUCCGUUCGAUUCAAACCCAUGGCUACGAAGUUGGAAGAGACGAUGAUAAAGGGUGCCGGCGAAGAUAGCAAAAAGGGAGGUAAAGGGGAAGAAUCGGGUAAGGGAAUACAACCGCCGCCGCCGCCACCACCGGAGAAGCCUGAGCCUGGAGAUUGCUGCGGCAGCGGUUGCGUGCGGUGCGUUUGGGAUGUGUAUUAUGAGGAACUUGAGGCGUAUAAUAAGCUUUACAAAUCAGAUUCCAAUGGAUCCAAAUCAAAUUCAUCUUAAUUUCACUUUUUCAUUUUUUUUUAAUUUACCUUUUUUUUUUUUCGGUUUAGUGAAUUGUUGUUGUUGUUGUGGUUGUCGGGUUUUGACAACAUAAAGAUUAUUGUUUCUCCACUUUGUAGAUUUAUUAGAUAAAUUUUAAAUGAUACUUAUUCAAAUUUUAUCAUUCA